GCCAAGAGGCAGCCGUUGUUUAUCACGACCUCGCCUCAGUGAGGCCUGAGAUUCUUUCGAACAGGAGCUUUGCUUUCCCAUGACGCAGAGCGAAGUGUCAACUGGGAUCUUUCUGGUAAUACUGAAAGCAAGACAAGCAGGGUGCACACUUCACAAGGCACGAGUCCCUGAGGGACCAGGGGAGGGCUGGGGUGCCAUCCCCGGUGACAGAUGGAUGGACCUUUCAUCUGAGAGAAAGGAGACGACACGUUGGUGAAUCAACUUCAAACCCAAGAGUGCCUGCGAAGCCAUCACAAAGGGGAAAACACACACACACCAGCAAGAAGAUCAAAAAGACCAGCAGGGCGAGAAUCGUUGCAAACUCCCGCUUGGGCAGCUCCUCACCUGACCCAGAAGCAACAUGUCCCUGAAGUUGCCGAGAAACUGGGACUUCAGCCUGCGAGGGGAGGCUGGGAAAAUAGCUCGGUCAAGGAGCGUGAUGACCGGUGAGCAGAUGGCGGCCUUUCACCCCGCGUCCAGCCCCAACCCGCUGGAAAGGCCCAUCAAGAUGGGCUGGCUGAAGAAGCAGAGGUCCAUCGUGAAAAACUGGCAGCAGAGGUACUUCGUGCUGAGGGCACAGCAGCUCUAUUACUACAAGGACGAGGAGGACGUGAAGCCACAGGGUUACAUGUAUCUCCCAGGAAGUACAAUCAAGGAGAUCGCCACAAACCCAGAAGAAGCGGGGAAGUUUGUCUUUGAAGUCAUUCCAGCCUCAUGUGACCAGAGUCGCACGGGACAGGACUCCUAUGUCCUCAUGGCCAGCUCCCAGGCGGAAAUGGAGGAGUGGGUUAAAUUCCUUAGGAGAGUCGCUGGCACGCCCUGUGGAGCGGUGUUCGGCCAGCGCUUGGAUGAGACCGUGGCCUAUGAGCAGAAAUUUGGCCCCCACCUGGUGCCCAUCCUGGUGGAGAAGUGUGCCGAGUUCAUCCUGGAGCAUGGCCUGAAUGAAGAGGGCAUCUUCCGACUGCCUGGGCAGGACAACCUGGUGAAGCAGCUGAGAGAUGCUUUUGAUGCGGGGGAGCGGCCCAACUUUGACAGAGAUACAGAUGUGCACACAGUGGCCUCCCUGCUGAAGCUCUACCUCCGAGACCUCCCAGAACCAGUGGUUCCCUGGAGCCAGUAUGAGGGGUUCCUGCUGUGUGGGCAGCUCAUGAAUGCAGAUGAGGCAAAGGCUCAGCAGGAGCUGGUGAAGCAGCUCUCCAUCCUUCCUCGAGACAACUAUAGCCUCCUGAGCUACAUCUGCAGGUUCCUCCACGAAAUCCAGCUGAACUGUGGAGUUAACAAGAUGAGCGUGGACAAUCUGGCUACUGUAAUUGGUGUGAAUCUCAUCAGGUCAAAAGUUGAAGACCCCGCUGUGAUCAUGAGAGGGACUCCUCAGAUCCAAAGAGUGAUGACCAUGAUGAUCAGAGACCAUGAAGUCCUCUUCCCCAAGUCUAAGGAUGCACCCUUAUCCCCUCCUGCCCCCAAAAACGACCCCAAGAAACCUCCAGUGGCACGAAGCUCUGUAGGCUGGGAUGCCUCUGAGGACCCUCCAAUUUCUAGGACAGACAGCAUCAAUAACAUGACCAGCGACUCCGACGCAACCAGUCCUACUGGACAACGGCCAAAUGAUGAGUGUCUAGAAGACAGUAUCAAAGCGUCCAAGGAAAAGCCAGGAGAUUGGAAGAUGCAAUCCCGAAAAAGGACUCAGACACUCCCUAACCGGAAAUGCUUCUUGACGUCAGCUUUGCAAGGUGCCAACAGCUGCAAAACGGAGGUCAUUAAAAAUGAGUUCUGCUCACCAUCUUCGGAGGCGAAGGCAGGGGAAGGGCACAGGAGAACGAUGUCUCAAGGUGUGCCACAGUUUUUCGAUGCCCAGCGGACUUCCACCUAUGAUAAUGUCCCUGCCCAGCCUGGGUCCCCUGGGGACAAAGCCGAUGCACUGUCCUCCCAGGCCUAUGACUCCAAGAGAGAUGCUCCCGGCAGCCCAAACUCCGAAGCCAGGCCUGGGAAAAAGAACUCUGGAGAAGAGGAACUCGAAUCUUUGCAGAGGAUGUUGGUCCAGGAGCUGCGAAAGGAAAUACAAACACAGAAGCAAAUGUAUGAGGAACAGAUUAAAAACCUUGAGAAGGAAAAUUACGAUGUCUGGACUAAGGUGGUGAGGCUCAAUGAGGAACUGGAGAAGGAGAAGAAGAAGUCUGCAGCCUUGGAAAUCAGCCUCCGCAACGUGGAGCGCUCCCUGGAGGACGUGGAGAGGAGGAACAAGGCCUUGGAAGAGGAAGUCAAGGAAUUUGUCCAGUCGAUGAAGGAGCCCAAGACCAACGCUUGAGGGUCCCAGGAGCACCAGAGGGACCGCCCUGCAAAGACCCAGCACUGCUCCCUUUCUCAGUGCUACCUGAGGACUGGGUAGCAGCGUGACUUCCUUAAGAGGCAGAGGACAUGUGGGGGGAAACAUCACAUUUCCCAGGAAAUAAAUCAGUGGAGUUUGCAGGAGGCUGAGUGACCGGAAACUUGAAUGGACCUCUCUGAGCCCCUGGGGCUGUAUUAGAAAGGAUUGCAUGCUUCCCCCGGUCUUGGGCUGAGUGCAGAGGCACCUCCCAUGGCUGGAUGGUUGUAUCUACUGGAGACUUUGACCCAGGCCACAGGCCAGGACUCAGGCAACAGGCUGCCCCCAAUCGAGGCUAGACUGAGGCGUUCGCUCUUUGUUUCCAGUGUGGAACCACCCACCUAGUCAGAUGGCCUCUGGGUGUCUCUGAGACACAGGGCUAGGAAGGGAUAGCCAGCUCUUCAGUUGGCCAUGGUGCGCUGUGUUCUGGGCACCUACUGAAGCCACCACCCCAUUCUGCCACCCCCACCAUGGUGCACACGCUCCAGGGUUGGAAAGUCAAAAUUAGUGUUAGAUGAAGACAAAGCAAACAAUAAACUGUAUUUAUGAAAGCAGCAUCAACUAGAAAAUUGUAUUCAAAUAAAGGGGGAAAAAAAAAAGCAGCAGCAGCAGGACUGUUGGUAAUCCAUACAACUCUUCUAGGAGAGUAAAAGGCUUCCCUGCCUUGGGACAGAUGCACCCUCUCUGGGCACGUGGCCUGAUGAACAAGGCACAGGCCACCUUCCAACCCCAUUUGCCUUUCAAAAGCCACAGUGGCAAAGGGCGGGCCCGCUGUGGUGGGACUUCCUUAGAGGCUGCUUGGGGGUGUGGCUCCAAACAAUAACUUUGGUUUCUGCUUCACCAAAAUGCAGCUGAUUUUACCCUGUAAAGGCCCCUGAGGCACUAGAGAAAAGCUGGAAGAUGAGCUUUUCCAGCCAAAAGCUGACUUUUCCUUCCACAUUAAGCCAGGCUGGCAGAGGCCCCGGUGAGGCCCCAGGCUGGCUAGGUAGCAUGGGGGAGUCUUUAGUGGUUUCCGUCGUUGUUCUAGUUAGGUGGUCUCCAAGCUCUUUUGACCAUGUACCCCCUCAACAGAAAAUAUUUGAGCAUACACCCGCCCAACCUAGGUAUAUUUAUUUAUUUAUAAAUUAUAUAUCAUAAAACAUACACAGGACAGAAAUUGAUCGAUGAGGAGAUACAAACCAAUACAAGGAGAUAUUCUCAAGUGUGCUUUCAGGUCUGGAGACCUCCGGCCCAGUUUCCCAGCAGGUGAUACCUGUAUCAAUGUUAUAUGUAUUUGGUCCCAUUGCUCCCAUAAAUUUCCUUGAGCUCUUGAAGCCACGCUGCUGAAUCAGUGGUUUGGAAACUCUAGUCACCACAGUGAGAGUUUAGGUUUUCCCAGCAUCUGUGUCUCUUCUGUUACUCCUUUUUUUUUCCUUCCUUUGUUUUCUGCUUUUUGCUCAUCUGCUCUGUGUUCCUUCACUCUGCUAAUUGGCCCCUGCCCUCGGCCAUGAGGUAUUACUCACAUGGCAAAGAGGAUGGAUGGACUGGGGUUGUGGGAUGGGAAUCUGUGUUUCUCAGUCUUGUUCUGCCCACCUUCAGCCCCCUGAGGACCAGACUGACAGAGGACAAGGAUGACAUCGAGAGCAUCCUUGCAGGGGUCUGCUGACAGAAGAUUGGGAGGCGGGGAGACUGAUGUAGAACUUUAUUAAAUAGAGCAAUAAAAUAUUUGAUAUCCUGG